UUAAGUGAAUGGUUUCAAGCAAAUUGCAAGAAACGGGUUUCUAUGGGGGGCUUGGAUUCUAACUCAAUCUAGGUUUUAUUUUACAAAAAAAUAAUAAUUGUAGUCUAUAGUAGAUCUAAAGCUUAGUAAGCCCUACAUGGAAGAAGCUAAACAAGAAGAAAGUCUAGGUAUUGAACAUUAGUUGUAGUUGUUCUAAAGUCACAGAAGAAUGUUUGGCUAUUAUUUAACUUUUAACAGGUAAAAUAAGAGUGAACAGCUUGCAAUGGCUAAACGUAAAGACCCCCCCUUGCCAUUCUUCCAACGUUGCUGUAUAUUGAAACUGCUGACCUUCGAAAGGGUGGCACUUUUGUUCAGCUUCUUCUUUGUCAACUUGGCAGCCUUUGCCAUCAGUGCUGAGCUUGCCUGCUUGAUACUGGUGCCGAACACAAUCUUCUUGAUGCACGCUGGCCUGGUCUGCAGACUGAUCACACUGGGGAUCUUCUUCAUCACGCCGGCCAUUUUGUCCAUGUACAGCCUGGAGGCCUUUUAUGUCCUGUCUAUUCACAGCAUCUUCUACGUAGCAGUAUUCAUGAAACAUUUCGUGGAGAAUUCAGCUGCAUGUCCAUGUGAGCAAGACAAAAAAGACUGAAGACUACUACAAUGUUGACCCAUCUGACGUCUGCCUCCAAACAAGUAUAUACAAGUAACAACAUUAAGUCUAGCUACUGGUUUUGAAAGAAAUAUUAUCAUCGGUACAUCAGUUUAUUUUAGACUUCAUAUAAUGACAAUGCUUUUCAUUUUAAUACAUUUAAACAUAGUUAUAUACUGGUACCAGUAUUUGUUUCUAAAGCAUUCUUGUUGAUUAGGGCCUACUAUAAGAGCAGCCAGGCGAUUUUUUUUUGUUGAAUAAAUGAUUUAGUGCUUUA